CUGCGGCCAGUGAGUGUGCGAGCGCACAAGAGCAUGGACAUCGGGACGCGUUGAGAGUGGAGAGAAACGGAGCGAGCAUUCCACAGCACGAGCCCACUGAUGCUCGGUACCAGCAUCUCUGAGGAGCAGCGCUUGUGUCAGUGCGCGGGAUUUCUGGCUGUUUACACCCGGACACGUGAAGUGACUACCAUCAUAUUUUGAUCAACUUCAUGUCAAUAUUUUUUGGGGUGAACCAAUUGGAGCGGAUAUUUAUUAUUCUGACAACCUUGGACGUUUGAGGUCCCCAUUAAACUUUACUAAACUUGAAGAUUCCACGCUUGGAGAUGGCGCAACGGUACGAUGAGUUGGCUCAUUACGGCGGCGGCAUGGACGGAGUUGGCGUCCCCACCUCCAUGUACGGGGACCCGCAUGCCCCCCGGCCUCUGCCUCAGGUCCACCACCUGAACCACGGGCCGCCCCCGCACCCGACCCAGCACUACGGAGCGCACGCGCCGCACAACAUCAUGCCCAGCAGCAUGGGCAGCGCCGUCAACGACGCCCUCAAGAGGGACAAGGACCAGAUUUAUGGUCAUCCGUUAUUUCCUCUGCUGGCACUUGUGUUUGAAAAGUGCGAACUGGCUACCUGCACGCCCAGAGAGCCCGGAGUAGCCGGAGGAGACGUGUGCUCCUCGGACUCCUUCAACGAGGACAUCGCGGUGUUUGCCAAACAGAUACGAGCAGAGAAACCGUUGUUUUCAUCCAACCCAGAACUAGAUAACUUGAUGAUUCAGGCGAUUCAGGUGCUGAGGUUCCACCUGCUGGAGCUAGAAAAGGUUCAUGAGCUCUGUGACAAUUUCUGUCACCGGUAUAUCAGCUGUCUGAAGGGGAAGAUGCCCAUUGACUUGGUCAUCGAGGAGAGAGACGUGUGCAAGUCGGACUUCGAUGACCUGUCAGGCUCCUCCACAAACCUUGCGGACCAUAACCCAGCAUCCUGGAGAGACUUGGAAGACGCCCACUCCACACCAUCCGUCGGCACCCCGGGACCAUCCAGUGGGGGACACGUCUCUCAGAGCGGGGACAACACCAGUGAACUCGGAGACGGCCUCGACAACAGUCUGGCGUCGCCGGGCACGGGAGACGAGGACGACCAGGACAAGAAGAGGCAGAAGAAACGCGGCAUCUUCCCCAAAGUUGCUACGAAUAUAAUGAGAGCGUGGCUCUUCCAGCACCUUACGCACCCGUACCCGUCGGAGGAACAGAAAAAGCAGCUAGCGCAGGACACGGGCCUCACCAUCCUGCAGGUCAACAACUGGUUUAUUAAUGCCAGGAGGAGAAUAGUGCAGCCUAUGAUCGACCAGUCUAACAGAGCAGUGAGUCAGGGUACAGCCUAUAGUCCAGACGGCCAGCCAAUGGGAGGCUUUGUUCUGGACGGCCAGCAGCACAUGGGUCUCCGACCUGGAGGACCAAUGGGAGGCAUGGGGAUGAAUAUGGGCAUGGAUGGGCAGUGGCACUACAUGUAACUGUACUGCACCGAGGCGAAACUGAACAGGCUGAGGUCUUUGUAGUUGGCUCAGGGAUCUUCAUCCAGCUGUGGAGCUCAGCUGUCGUCCAACCACGUCCCACUCCCACCAUCUGGCCACUCCCACAUCAACACCUGCCCACUUACACUCCUCUUGAAAACUGUUGUCGCCAUGGCAACGCCUGCACCAGUGGAUGCCCACGGACUUUUUCAAAAAAGAGAGACUAUGUGAGCUCUAUGAGUCUGCGAGGAAGAUUUAAAAAAAGGAAGAAAAAAAAACAAGGAGCAAGGACUUCUUAAAGAAGAGACGCAUCUUCUUCAUUUCAUUUUAAAUUAUUUAUUUAUUUUUCUACAACGAGGAUGAUGGAUCUCUCCUCUAAAGCUUUACCCACAAACACGCCCUUUAUUGUAGGGUAAAUAAAAAAAAAACACGAAUCCAUGUUUUUUUUUAAACAAAAAAAGAGUGUUCUAACUGUUGUGAUGUAUGAAUUGUGCUUUUUUUAAUGUCCAUGUUUGUGAUUUGUAGAAUGUAGAACCACACCUUUUAAAUGUUUGCUUUACUGUACCUCCUCCAUGCAUCUAUAUUCUGUGUUCCAAAUAUUGAUGAUUUUUCAGAUAGUUUUAUAGCACCAAAAACACACAAAGGUCUGCACAGAACCAAAAAAAAAGAUGGCUGAAUAAAUAAAGGGAGACUAUGGAGAAGGUGCAGCAGCAUGUAAGGGCCUGUUUUGUUUUUUUUUUCAAACAUCCUUGUCGUUGUUGCCCCGAAAAGGUCACGUGUAGGCGUCGGAGAAAAGGACUUUAAGCGGCAGUUUUAGUCGCUGGAGCGGGUCACAAUCUAGCAGCUUUGGUUCGAUAUGAACUCGUCUUCUGUUAUUGGAUUGAUCAUGACAUGGAUGAUGGAUGACCCGGCCGAGAUAUUCAACAAUAUUAGAAGGGGGAGAAAAGAACGCUGCUGCAGCAGUAGACGCGCUUCUGUGCGACUUCUUAAUUCUAUUGUAAAGAUUUGAUCUGCUCCGCGCAGCUCAGAAUACCGCAGGAAAUAACUGUUUUUCAUUAAAAUCGCUUUCCGACAUAAAACAGCAACGUGUUAAAAAUAACGAGAUUUUCAACAAAAAAAAUCCCCUGCGUUUUUGCAGUGAGGACCACGAAAUAAAUAAAUUAACCCGGGAGCGCCAUUAAUCACUGUCAAGCUGCAACGAUCCGCUGCGGGUUGGAAUCGAGCAGGAAAACGACGGUGAUGCCAGAGACUCAUGGUUAUUGACGAAUGUUCGAUACUGUCCUGACAGAAACUGCGGUCAAAAUAUUAAAACGGUCAGUUACGUGAUGACCUGAAUGGUUCCGAAUCAUUCAAAACUUUGCGCCAUUAAAAAAAAAUAAAUAAAAACGUAUA